CCUACAAUACCCACCUAGUUUAAAAACGAUAUAAUUCUUUUUUGCCCUAGUUAAUUAAGUACUCCUUAUUAUGUGAAAAUGUUAUUAAGGAGCAAUUUAUUGGAAAGUGUUAGCCUUGUUUCAACCACUGGAAUUGUGGCUUGUAUUGUUUUACAUGCCCUAACACCUAUAUCACCGAUAGGAAGUGUCUGGCUAGCUUUAUAUAUCGCUUUUUUUGCUAUCUCCUCUUUAUUUCUUACUAUAAAGUUUAUACGUUGGUUGUUAAGUCUGAAUAGACCUUUAAAAUAUGAUUUGGAACGUUUCAAGACACAAUAUCCUUAUUUAAAUUGUUUAUGGCGAUUCCUACCUGAGUUGGAGAAAUGUCGCGUAAAAGAAUCAUUCAAAGAGUAUGAUACUAGUGAACUGAGUAUAAUAUCAACAGUUUUGGAGAAAAAGCUCGUCUCUUCCUGGUACGUUCCGUUUAUAUCGCAGGAGAUCAGCUUCCCAUUUGCUUGCAAGCAGAUGUUAGAUCAGAUGAUACAGAAAAGUUUUUUGGUUUGCAAUAAAAUAGAAACAAGGGAUGUUUUCAUAGACAUCUGUACAAUAUUUGCUUUACAUCUCAAGGAAUAUAAAAAAGCAUUGAAACGCUUGGAAAAAUCACCUUCAGAAUCUAUAGAAAGUUUCUACAAAAAAGCGCAUGCAGUUUCUGACCCAAUGAAAAACUUAACUAAGACUGAUCAUUGUACGAACCUGCUACGAUUAAUUAUGAAAGAAUUAGUACCAUGGGAAUUAUGGGACACACCCCACUCAGAGCUCAUUGUUCGUAUACUGUCAAGGAAACUUGAUAGCUUCAUUGACAGCACCCUAGUAGAUCCUAUUUGGUUAAAUGAUAAAUUGCUUGCUUAUUUCAAAGUUGAAAAUAAAGUGUUGCUUUCGGAAAAAUCUGAGCCAAUCUUGGAAAACAUUCCGACACAAGAGGCAGAUACAGAAUGUACAAAAAAGAAAACUGAAGAUGAAUGUAAACCUGAAGAAAAGAAAGAACUUAAAGCAGUUCAAAUACAGAAGAAAGACGAGACUAUAAACAAGAAAGAGGAGUUGACCAGUGACCCAGUUGAUUUGAAGAGUUCUCCGAUAUUAAGGCAACGAAGAGGUCGACAGGGCAGGAAUGAGGUCAAAAUAUAUGAUAGAAUUAUUGAGGGCAGUGUCAAAACCUGGGAGACGGACAUGGACUUGCAGUGUAUCAGCCUUGGUCAAGAUUUGCUGGCUAGCUUAGAUGGUGAGAUAACACUAAGCCGGCUUUGGGGACAGGACGGUAGCCCUAACCCGCCCAGGACCAAUUCACCACAGCCGCUCUGGUUUGGGGAAGAAGACAAUAUAGAUGUGGAACUAAGUACGACUCCACCGAAAGAAAGAAAAGAGCAUAGCCCCAAGUCAGCGGACGCUUUGCUCAAGGACAUCCAGAGCACCGUCAGCCAGGCCAAGACCAAGAUCGGUGACCUCCAGGAUGAAGCGGCAGGGAUGAUGGAAGGGCUACUGGACUUCGGGAUAGCAGGUCUGAAGAAGGGACUCCGCUUUACUGGACUUAGUGAUGACUCGCAGGACAAGUCUCCGUCCCAUCAGAAAUCUAAACAGAGUCCCGAGAAACUUGGAGAUAAAAUUCCGGCUGACUUCAAAGGCAGAGACGUUUCGGAGUGCAGAGAAACCCCGCCAUUUUCGCAGAACAAAGAGGACAACAGUUCAAUGCCCGUACUGUUGAAACAACACAGAGUGACGUCACAAGACAGUAUGCCGAGCCUCCCCCGGCCACCUCCCGACUCCCCGGAGCCGCAGUACGAGGAGGUGGCUGACCUGUCCACCAGCAUCGCCAAGUUGAGGAGUUUGCUCCAACAGCGAGAACAAACUCAGAGGGGGGAGGAAGUGUGGUGGGAGGGCGCGGAGGAGACCCGCGGGAGGACGCAGGCACACCACUCUUCGCGCCCGGUGGACGCCGCCAACAUUGCGGAUGAAUACGACAUGAAUUUAGACAGAAACUCAUCCCCGGGACAGACUUCUAACAACAUGCAGAGACUUGACAAGUUGUUCCAACGAACGGUGACGGGAGUGUUCAACUCUAUAAAGACGGCGGUCGGGGCCGAGGGGGAGGCUCCUGUCGCGAUGCGACCUCAACACGACUGGGUCUACGUCUGCACCUCGCUUGAGAACAGCGUGGGCGGCGCGGUGGCGCGGCUGGUGGGCGCGCGGAGAGCCUUCACGCACGUGGACGCGGCGCUGGACUCGCUGGAGCAGCUCGCCGUCGCCAAGCAGGAACAACUCGUGCCCGACGACUUUGAGGAGUGGUGUGUUGAGUGCGGCGCGGCGUGGAGCGCGGCAAGUGCGGCGACCGGCGCGGGGAGCCCCGCCGCCCCUCCCGCCUCCCCGCCCGCGCACCUUGCGCGCCGCCUAGCCGCCGUACUGGCCGCCGAUAUCUUCGAAUCAAUGAUCACGGUGUGGCUGGACGAGCUGACCGCGUGGCUGAAGCGGCAGAUCUUCCUCUACUUUGAGGGUUUGUCUUCGACCGAGGACACGGCGGCCAGGCCGAAAGAGCUGCGGAACUUCGACCCUGAGCAGACUUGUGAAGUGCUGUUGCAGAACGCGGGACUGCUGCAGCUCCUCGGCGAAGAGACCCUUAAGUCAUCGAUAAAGCUGUACGUGAGCAGUUUGAGUCACAAGGAAUUGAAUCGUGACCUCAUGUUCAGAAUUCUGGACCUGUUCGUUUUGCACUUCAAGAAGUCAGCCUCAAUACGGAAUCCUUCUUUUGACUCGAACUGACGUCACGCGGCGCCGACCCCCGCCGCGCUUACACUGCGAGCAGCGUGACGCGUGCGGGCGGCGCUGCCGGGCGUGCGAGGGGCAGGGAGUGCGGGGCGUGCGAGGGGCAUGGAGUACGGGCUGCGUGCGAGGGGCAAGAAGUGCGGGCUGCGUGCGAGGGGCAGGGAGUGCGGGCUGCGUGCGAGGGGCAGGGAGUGCGGGGCGUGCGAGGGGCAGGGAGUGCGGGCUGCGUGCACACAGCCGCGUGACGUGGGCUGCUCUUCUUCGAUAAAAAUAUCGGGAAAAAAAUAUAAAAUGAUCUCUGUAAUUUAUUAAUCAUGUAUUGUAACUAGCGAUGUUAUUAAAUAAAAAUUAUUUUAUUAUAUCUGACGGCGCCAGGGAGGGCUGAGCGGCAGUUCCGUCAUCAUUCGUAUUCGGUGGAACUGAGUUUAUUGCAAUAAAAGUCAUAAAACCUUUUGAAUAAUUAUUAUUGAAACUCUCAACAAAUGAUUUUCACAAUGACAGGGUAAACCGACAGUUUCGUUCCAACUGACCGACUACUAGUAUUACAUUUAAACAACCGACCGUCUUAAUAUUACUUAAGUCAUUAUCCACGACUUAAGUUUUAUUUGCGUUGGAUCAUUUCAUAAAAAAAACAGCACGGUAGUGACACUUGUUAUUUUGACAUUGACAGAUAAACGUCAGCUUUUUCGUCGACAUCAGAGUUUUUUUAUUCGCCUAAUUGUUGCCAUUGAUGUGAAUGGCGAUAAAUAUAUAUAAUGUUAAUAGAUGUGCAGUGCUUUUCGCAAUAUCUUUCGCAGUAGCUUAUCGCAAUUCCUAACGGAGAUUUUUGUCAGGAAUUCAUGCGCUGCCUGUCCGUUAACCCAUGUGACAAGAAACUUAAUUUUGAAAGAAAAGCAACUGUUCAUUGAAUGAGAAAUAAAAGAUAUUUUAUCCGUAAACCAUUUUAAUUCAUUCAAUAAUUAAAAUUAAAAAAAUAAUAUUUUAUAAAACAUAUCACAGAGAUCGCGUACCGCUUAUGAGCAUAAAGAAAUCUUAAAAGUCGUAAACCUCAAUUUAAAUACAAUCAUUUCCUUAGUCUUACCAUGUCAAUAAUAUUAUUUCAGUGCUGCCAUUACAGAACAGUAGGUACUUACAAAAUUUAACUUAAAAAAGUAAAUGAUUUGCAAUCUGAAAACAAUACACUAUUAGGUACUAAAUCAAAUAUAAAUGUUUAUCUAUAUAUUAAUACGUGAAGGAAAAACUUUGUAUCCCUUUUUACGAAAAUUGCGCGGACGGAAGAGUAUGAAAGGGGAUGG